AUGCCCCGACUCAGCGAGGGCGCUCAGCCUGAGAACCAACUCACCACGUUCACCCGAUUCGGAAGCCUUCCGCUUGAGCUCCGCCUAAUAAUCUGGAAGAUGGCAGCGGCGGUCCCUCGUAUCAUCGAACUGGAUCUCGACACCAACAACUUGAAGCGACGCGGACACCACAUGUUCAAUGGCCGGAAGAGAGAGCAGGUGCAGCCGCUUCUCUGCGUCAACCGCGAGAGCCGCGCUGUUUCCUUGGAGGAUGACUAUAUAUACUUUACUCACUACGGAUACCGUGGUGUUGUGCGACAUUUUGCCAUUACCGAGAGAGACAUCUUGUUCGUCAACGGCACCGAGUCGCAGACCUGGCAACUCAGACUCUCGGGAGAAACGAGGCUGAUCCGUCAGCUGAUGAUACCGCAACAUAUUGAAAAAUUAGGUUGCAUGAAAGACUGGAGCAGCGCAUUCGGUUUCCUGGUUUGGGACGCCACGAGAAUUUUCAAAAACCGGGAUAACCUCGAGAAAUUGUACUGCCUCAUGCUCGACGGGGACCAGGAACCUCCUCACGUCCAGAUCGACGACCUGCAGCCUUUCACAGCCGAGCGUUUCCCUCAAUACGCAGAAGCUUUCAAGUAG